AUGCAGAAAGAACAAAAAGAAAUAGAAAAAAGAAUAGCAGAAUAUCCUUCAUCUGGUCAAGAAAUCAUAAGAAGGCAGUGGAGAGAGAGAAAGAAGAAAAGUAAUAAAGAACCUAAGCCUGAAGUAGUGCCUUUAGCAGGACAUGGACAAAUUUUAACACAGAAGAGAAAUUAUAAUAGAAGGGUCAUUUAUAGACUGAAAAAUGAAAACACAAAGCUAGAAGAGGAAUUAAAAAAAUAUAAAAAGUCGUUGAAAAAAAUUAGGCAAAGAUUAAACCGUUCUACGGAAAAAAAAUAA